AUGACCGCAACUAGAGCUCGAGCCAUGCGCUGCAGUGAUCUGAGAUUACGAGAGCUCGCAUCGUGUGGUCGAGACGAGUCUCCGGAGAGGCGGGAAGCUCCUGGGACCGUCCGUAGAUGGAUGUCCGCGCUGUCCGAUGAGAGAUGGCAGACCCGCCCCUGUGUUGAGGGGGAUACGAGAGAGAGUCCGCCCCGGGGUAAGAGGGACAAUCAGCACGCGUCUUAUAGGGACACGCCCGACCUCUGA